CGUUCACCUCACCACUCAAUAUAUUCAUCAUGGACUCUCGCAUCCCCAACAUGUCCGACCACGCCCUAAUCGGGCUGGCCUCACAGCUCCCCCUCAACGCGCCGUCUCCCAUCAUCUCCAUCAGCCCCAUCAUCCUGCCCAUGCCCUCACGCAUCACCGACCUCCACCUCAAACUCACCCUCCCGGUGCCCAACACCAACCCCAGCACCCCCCACCCCAUCAUCCUCCUCUCUCACGGCCACGGCGCAUCCAACAACCUCUCCUCCAUGCACGGCUACACCCCCCUGGCCAACUUCUGGGCCACCCACGGCUUCGCCGUCAUCCAACCCACCCACCUCGCCAGCAAAUCCCUCAACCUCCAAUCCGAGAAAUCCCCCACAGACCCCCUCUUCUGGCGCUCCCGCAUCACCGACAUGAGCACCAUAAUUGACCGUCUACCUGAGAUCGAAUCUUCAUACCCGGCCCUCCUUCAUGGCCGUCUCGACCACACCCGGAUCGCCGUCGCCGGCCACUCUCUAGGCGGACACACAGCGGGGAUGCUCCUGGGUGGAACGCUCCUCGACCCAGAGACCAACCACUCCCUCAUAAACCUAUCCGACCCCCUCAUCAAAGCAGGGAUAUUACUCGCUGCUCCCGGGAACGGAAACAGCGGGGAGGGGUUAUCGAAGAUGGUUGUGGAGAGGUUUGGUUUUCUGAAGGAUUAUAGUCUCAGGGAGGUGGAGAGGGCGAUGUUGGUGGUGGUGGGGGAUUGUGAUGAUGCGCCGCAUCUGACGAGUCGGGGGGCGGAGUGGUAUGCGGAUGGGUUUUGGGGGAGUAAAGGGGUACAGGAGGGUGGGGAGGAGAAGGUGCUUUUGACGUUGUUUGGGGGAAGGCAUUGUUUGGGAGGUGUGUCGGGGUUUGAUGCUGCGGAGGCGAGGGAGGAGGAGAGUCCGGAGAGGGUGGCGGUGGUGCAGAGGUUGAGUUGGGCGUGGCUGAGGGCGAGAUUAUGUGGGGAGGAGGAGGUUUGGGAGGAGGCGUGUAGAGUGUUUGGGGGUUGGAGAGGGUGGGCAGAGUGGAGAGGAAGUAGUUGUUAUAGAGUAUACAUAUAG